CAGUACCCAUGAUGCACCUCGGUAUUUGUACUUCCGGUUGGGAAUGUGUUUAGCACAGUUCAGCACAGCUGAAAGGUGUUGGAUGAUCAGCGUUUUUCUCGUGCGUUCCUGUGUGAGUUACCCUCGGUGUGCGUGUUUAUCAUAUUACCACACCCACAUACUGCUACACACUCACACUCCCUUUACCCGCAUUCAUAGAUGGGAAUGCAAUUGCCUCACCACUAACCUUGUACAGCCUGUUGAUGUCAUCUGCCACCUCCUUAAUAAAGCUACUUGGACUACAUCACUGUGGAGUGCCAAUCCUUCUGACCGAGGACAACUUAGUUGAAGCGUGAUCGGCAAUCAGUGCAAACAUUCAAUACAAACACUGUGGUUUGUUGAAUAGAAUUUAGUUUUUUUUUUUUUUUUUUUUUUACACUCUUACUCUGACUCACACUCAGCACAGUAGGUGGUGGAUAUGCACCUAGAAGUUAGAUGCCACCCGCCAAUAAACACGAAGAAGAAGAUGCACCACUAAGAGGGGAGCAUUGGUGUCUGCAAAGUUGCUACCGCGAGUGAAAACCCAUUGAAACAAGAAGCUCUGUAUGUAUCUAUCGUUUAUUUCCUACCUUUUAACCUGGGACUCCGCUUGGGAUGUUUGGACCGACCGCUGCGUACAACGACACUCUGCUAACAGGGGGCGUUCCCGUUUUCAAACUAAAUUGCCCCUUUUAGCGUGUGUGCCUUUUAGCCAUUUCCCGAAUCGUCGGGAACGGAACCUAACUUCAGCCUCGUGGACCAGAGGAAGGAACUGCAAAAGAAGACCGUUAGCAACGUUAGUUUAUUGUUGUUUAGCCUUGUGAGGUGAAUAUUAAACAUGUAUUCAGGAGAGUCUCUGAUGGAGUUUGUCACCAGGCAAGUAGCUACUGCUAGAGAAAUCAUCGCGAAGGUUGAAGAAGCCAUGGCCCCGUUCGAGAAAGGGCUCGGUGGCCAGCGCAGACUGUCGGAUAUGAGCUGGAAACCACAGAGCAGCUCUCACAGAACAGAUGUUCCACAGCUGGUGCUGGUUAAAGAAGAAGCUCCUGAAGAACAGAGUGCUGGUGUGGACCAGCAGGACCCAGGACACCUCCACAUAAAGGAGGAACAGGAGGAGCUCUGGACCAGUCUGGAGGGAGAGCAUCUCUGUUUGAAGGAGGAGACUGAAGCUGUCGGGUUUCCUGUUACUGCUGUUUCUAUAAAGAGUGAGGAUGAUGAAGAGAAACCUCUGGUCUCACAGCUUCAUCAGCAGCAAAUAGAAGACAGAGAUGUUCCAACCAGCAGCUCAGCUGACCAGAUGGCAGCAGAAACUGGUGGAGGAGCAGGAACUAGCAGGAACCCGGAUCUGAACCCUCAUGAACAAACAUCUGAUUCUUCAGAGACGGAAGUUAGUGGAGAUGAUGAUGAUGAUGAUGGUGAUGGUGUGAAUCGGGACUCUGAGCUGUCAGACUCUGGGUCUGAAACUGGAGAUGAAGAUGAUGACUGGAAUGAGAGCAGGUCUUCUGAGUCAGAUGAUCUUCCACAGCAUCAUGUCUGUGAAAAGGAGAAGGAUUUGACUGUCCAGCAGCUCUUUAACCAGGAGUUGAUCUCCUGUUCAGACCAGGAAGAACCAGAACAGUUAAAACUUUUCCAACAUGAAGGGCAGCUCCUGAACCAGGAAAAUCUUACCUUCACAGAUACUCCUCUGUCUGAAGAAACAGACUGUCAUGAACCAGAACCAAACAGGAACCAGCCAUUGUGUCAGAGUUCUACAGAACCUGAGAACCAAGAUCGGGGUGGAUGCAGAAAAGAAAACUCAGAAUCAAACGGUAGUGAAGAACUGAAACUGAAUAAAAGGCGUCAGCGACGCGAAGAACACAGAGAAAGUGUAGGUGGUGAAAUACUAAAAAUAAACAAGAGGGCUCACAGAGGUGAGAGACCAUUUUGUUGUAAGCUCUGUGGAAAAUCUUUCAGUCACAAAUUUGAUUUAAAUAUUCACAUGAGAACUCACACAAGUGAGAAGCCAUAUCCAUGUAAAACUUGUGGUCAAUGUUUUACAGAUAGUGGUAGCUUGACUAUACACAUGAGAACUCACACAGGUGAGAAGCCAUAUCCAUGUAAAACUUGUGGUCAAUGUUUUACAGAUAGGGGUAGCUUGACUAUACACAUGAGAACUCACACAGGUGAGAAGCCAUAUCCAUGUAAAACUUGUGGUAAAUGUUUUACUAUCAGUGGUAACUUGACUGCACACAUGAGAACUCACACAGGUGAGAAGCCAUAUCCAUGUAAAACUUGUGGUAAAUGUUUUACUAUCAGUGGUCACUUGACUGCACACAUGAGAACUCACACAGGUGAGAAGCCAUAUCCAUGUAAAACUUGUGGUAAAUGUUUUACUAACAGUGGUAACUUGACUAUACACAUGAGAACUCACACAGGUGAGAAGCCAUAUCCAUGUAAAACUUGUGGUAAAUGUUUUACUAACAGUGGUAACUUGACUGCACACAUGAGAACUCACACAGGUGAGAAGCCAUAUCCAUGUAAAACUUGUGGUAAAUGUUUUAGAGACAAUAGUAGCUUGACUGCACACAUGAGAACUCACACAGGUGAGAAGCCAUACUCAUGUAAAACUUGUGGUAAAUGUUUUAGAGACAAUGGUAGCUUGACUGCACACAUGAGAACUCACACAGGUGAGAAGCCAUACUCAUGUAAAACUUGUGGUAAACGUUUUACUAUCAGUGGUAGCUUGACUAAACACAUAAGAACUCACACAGGUGAGAAUUGAUUUCAUCUUCUAUGAGAUUCAUUUUCUUUACCUUCUGAUUUGAAAAUUCACACUUGAGAUUGUAUUCAUAAAAAUAUGUUUGGCAACAUAUCAUAGAUGCCUUCAAGUGCUCAAGGCAUGGGUGGAGACUUAUUUCAUCCACACUUCCUGUUAGAAAAACGCUUCUGAAAAGUAAUUAGCUGACAACAUCACAUUUUGUAGCUUGCCUUAGGAGUGUAGAUGUGAUUGAGCACAUGCGCACGUGAUUUAAGACACGGGUGGUCUGUGAUGUCACAAGCACAUGUGGGCGGGUCAAAAGCGCAGAGAAGUCCGCAGUGUCCAUUAUUAAACAAAAGCAGCCUAAGUUGUCUUGCUUUUGGACACUUUCUGACUUUCAUAUUGCAUCCUGCUUUGCUGGGUCUGGCAGAAGUGUGUGUGUGUGUGCGUGCGUGUGUGUGUGUGCGUGCGCGCGCCUCACAGCAGUGAGGGACAGAAAAAAAAACAGCUUUUGUGAGAGGCUUCUUAACUCCACAGCAUCAACGAUAAUGAAUCACGCAUGCGGAAAGCCUCCAGCAGGCUGAUUCCCGCCGCCAAUCGGAGUUGGUAAUGGUAGGCAUGCUUUUGAGUUAGCCAAUCAGUCAGCAGUGGGCGUGUCGGCCCUGCUCAGUUCCAGAUGGACCUACUUGGGAAGAGGGCUGGAAAGACAUCUGGAGAGAGAAAACUCCUAACCCAUGCCAUUAUUUUACCCAGAUCUUUAACUUGUGAUCACAUCUGCCUUAAAAAUGUUCUUGCUUUAUACCAGUGUCCCUCAAAAGGCGGUCUGGACCUGGCCUGACAACCUCCCAAGUUUUCAAUUCUACUCUGCUUGGUCAGGGAGCACAUUGCUUGUGAUGUGGAUGAGGCGCUGUGGCCAGAUAAAAACGAGCGGUUGCAGCACAGUCGUUUAUUAAUUCAUUUUUUCCUUUAUUCGUUUUAGCUUAACUAUUAAUUAUAGUCUUCUGUUUGUAUAUGUAGACCACUGCAUAGGCAACUCUGUGUUGGUUUGGAUGAACUCUGUUUUGUGUUAAAACACACUAAAGUAUAUUUUGUAACGUGUUUGUGAGUUUUGUACACAAACAUUCUGAAAUAUUUAAUGCACUGUCGUAGUACAGUAAGUGUAACACUGAACACAAUAAGUCGUUAUGAUGACUGGAGAAGUGGUCAUAAUGUUUUACACAUCAGAGUUAAUCUGGUUCUUAUAAAUGUUUACUCAUGUGAUGGUUUGCGUGUCAUUUGGAUUCAAAGACCAUUUUGAGAAGAAUGCGUGUGUUUUUGGAUUCGCGUGUAGAGUUCUAAAAAUAUGUUGCAUGCUUUAAAAAAAACGUGAAUAAACAACUGUGAAGACCUGUAA